AUGAGCGCGGACAAGCUUUUGGCCGACGUCCUCGGAGCGGACCUCCCGCGCUUCCUCAAGCAGGUACAAGCGCUCCAGGACAAGCAUGCGUCGACGACGGCAGCUCUGCACAAGCAAGAUGCGCGGGUCCGCGAGCUCGAGAACCAGGUCGCGGGCUUGCAGAACGACUACCUCGCCAUCUCGAUGGACGCAACCUCUCGCGAGCAUGCGAGCCAGCGCCAUCUUCUUCUUUCCUGUGUCCAAGCGACGACCUUUGCGCUGGCGCAUGGCCAUCAGUUGAACCCAACGACGCAAGUUCCCGUGCUUCAUGUGAUGGACUCGUUCCUGCAAGACAUGGUAGACACGUAUGCGUACGAAGAAGAGGUCACAAGCAUCGACAUUAGCUAG